AUGGCUUCCCGUGAUUAUCACACUUUUCCCGGCGAUGACAUAUCGAACCAAGGCGGGCUUGUUUUUAGGAUGGAUUUCGCUGCCGAUCCCUCGCAACAACUCGUGCAACAGAUCCAGCAAAACAUCAGGCAGAUCAAUGAACAAGUGAAUAUUCUCGACGGAUGGAUCCCCCGUCUGAGCGCUCGUGCGGGUGAAGGUGAACAUCAACGUCAGGUGUUUGGAGAGAAAAAUCAUAGCCUACAAGCCCUCUGCAAGGAGACGAACAAAUUGAUGAAGCAGCUGGUCGACAAAAGCCAUAAUGAUCGAACCUUACGAGUGCAUCGCGAACGACUAUCUGACGACUAUACGAGUGUGUUGAGCCGUUUUCAAGAAACGCAACGUCGCGCGGCCGCUAAAGAGAAGGAUGACGUCAAGAAUAUUCGCGAAAUGACAAUCAACGAACAAGACGAGCAGAAUUAUCAGAGGGAUGUCGUCGAUUCACAGCGACAGCAACAUAUGCAACGAAACCAACAGGUUAAUAUUCAAGAGAUCAAGGAUCGUCAGGAGGCCAUAGCUCAAUUGGAGCAAGAUAUCAACGAUGUGAAUUCGAUUUUCUCGAACUUGGCCCGGAUCGUUCAUGAGCAGGGAACAAUGGUUGAUAGCAUCGAGGACAGCGUCGAUCAUGCUCAAAUUUAUGUCGAACAGGGAAAUCGCGACGUACAACAAGCUGUUUACUACAACGAGAAGGCCCGUAAAAAGAAGAUGAUGCUUUGCUGUUUCCUUUUUAUUCUCGCUUUUAUCCUUGGACUCACCCUAUAUUUUGGUAUCAAGCGC